AUGAAAGUCGUGGUAAUUGGUGGAGGCCCAUCGGGUCUUGUAACACUAAAGUACCUUUUGAACGCUCACCUCAGCCUAGACUCUGACCCUAUUGAGGUGAGACUCUUUGAGCUUGAUGAUACUAUUGGUGGUGUGUUUGCCACAAGAGUAUACGCAGAUGCCGAGUCCAGUAAAGAUGGCAGAGUCUUCUCGUGGGAUUGUGAUGCUGUCGCAGUAUGCUCUGGACUGCACAAAGAGCCCAAACUCCCCGUCAUACCAGGACUACACCAUGUCCCUGAAGUCAUCCACUCGUCCGAUUUCAAGACCAAGAGCCAGUUUGGGACCAACAAAACCGUCAUGGUCAUUGGAUCGGGCGAGACUGGCGCUGACAUAGCUUAUCUUGCUGUCAUGUCCCCAAUGAAGCAGGUCUUGAUGUGUCAUAAGGACGGCUUCCACUUUGCACCAAAGCGAAACCCAGGGCCAGUUCUGCUUCCCAUCCUCGGCAGGAAACCCACUCCCAACGAACCAGGUAUCCCCAUCGACGUUAGCCGAGCAAACCUAUUCGACACAACCUAUGUCCAAUGUCCAUCCCGUGCUCCGCAACAGCAUGAUACUCUGGGACUACUAUUAUUACUAUAUCAAGUCACUGCUUUGGGUCUCCUCUGGUACCACCUUGGGUAUGGACCAGUGGAUUGGGGAGAUCAGCAAGGCCCGUCAUCAUCCGUCGAAGAGCGAGUUGUUCUUUCUCUCCCUAGUGAAUGUGGAUCUGGCACCUCUACCUAA